GGGAUAACAUUCUUGUUCUAGGCCUAGGCGUGACAAAAAAAAUCGACUGUCAUCACGUGUUUUUUCCACACAAGUUUGUUGGUCAGUUUGACUUUGACAAGUCAAGUCAAUUCUCUUUUUCUGACAGUGUUGUGGAGAUAGGUUAUUUCAAAAAUGGCCAAACGCACGAAGAAGGUUGGAAUCACCGGCAAGUAUGGCACACGUUAUGGUGCUUCCCUUCGUAAAAUGGUUAAAAAGAUGGAAGUAACACAGCACGCUAAAUACACUUGCUCUUUCUGUGGAAAGGAUGCCAUGAAGCGAUCUUGUGUCGGCAUCUGGUCAUGCAAACGGUGCAAGAGGACAGUAGCAGGAGGCGCCUGGGUGUUCUCCACAACAGCUGCUUCCUCAUGCCGUUCUGCAGUAAGACGGUUACGUGAAGUCAAGUAAACCUUGUGACACUAGAUUAAGGCAAUACAUUUAAAACUAAA